CUUGGUUCAUUCCAGCUGCAGAAGCUCAGAGCCUUCCAUGCGGUGGGAUUUUUUUUUUUCCUCCUCCCGGGCUGAAGAAAAUUAAGGGGAAAAAAAAAAUACAUCAAAAUCACAAGCCUGACCCGCUUCCCCCUCACCUCCCCCCUCCUCCUUCCUUUCUCCUCUUCAUCCAGCCGAGCCGAGGACUAUCCCAAUCGCCGAGGGGAAGGAAAAAAGGGGGAAAAACCCAAGAGCGGCGAGCAGCGGACCCCCAGCCCGCCCCAUUGGUGCCGCUGCCCUUUGACAUGCAACCUUCCUUGCGAUGGCACCGGCCGGGAUGCAGCUGCAGCCUCGGAAGGCACUGCUGGCAGCUGGGCAUGGUGGCACUGCUGGCGGCCGAGGGCAGCGCCUGGAGCCGGGCACUGCUGCUCUCGCUGGGGCUGCUGGCAGGAUCGGCCAUGGCCCAGAACUGCAGCCACACCUUGCAGGGCCCAAACGGGACAAUACAGAGCCCAGGCUUUCCCUACGGAUACCCCAAUUAUGCAAACUGCACGUGGACAAUCACUGCUGAGGAGCAGAACAGGAUACAGCUCGUUUUCCACUCCUUUGCACUGGAGGAAGACUUUGAUGUUUUAUCCAUCUACGACGGGCUGCCUGAGCAGGGGAAUCUGAGAACGAGGCUGACAGGAUUCCAGCUGCCUGCUCCCAUCGUCAGCACUGGCCUGGUGCUGUCCCUGUGGCUCGUCAGUGACUACGCCGUGAGUGCCCAAGGCUUCCAGGCCAGCUACGAGGCCCUGCCCAGCCACACCUGCGGGAACCCGGGCCGGCUGCGGAACGGGGUGCAGCAGGGAACCACCUUCAGCAUCGGGGACAGGGUCAGGUACAGCUGCAACCCCGGCUUCUUCCUGGAGGGCCACGCCCUGCUCACCUGCCAGGCCAGCUCAGGACAAGGAGCCUCCUGGGAUUUCCCUCUCCCCGUCUGCAGAGCCGACGACGCCUGCGGAGGGACCCUGCGGGGCCAGAGCGGGAUCAUCUCCAGCCCUCACUUCCCCCUGGAGUAUGGCAACAAUGCCGACUGCACCUGGACCAUCCUGGCCGAGCCUGGGGACACCAUUGCCCUGGUGUUCAUGGAUUUUCAGCUGGAGGAUGGAUAUGAUGUUCUGGAAGUUGCUGGCACGGAGGGAUCCUCGCUCUGGUUCACCGGGAUGAAUUUGCCCGCCCCGGUGAUCAGCAGCAAAAAUUGGCUGAGGCUGCACUUCACCUCUGAUGGCAACCACAGGCAGAAGGGCUUCAGUGCCCAGUACCAAGUCAAGAAGCAGAUGGAGCUCAAGUCCAGAGGGGUGAAGCUGAUGCCCAGCAAGGACAACAACCAGAAGACAUCUGUGUUAACUCAGGUUGGUGUGUCCCAGGGACAUAAUUUGUGUCCAGACCCUGGGAUUCCCGAGAGAGGCAAAAGGAUAGGCAACGAUUUCAGGCUGGGCUCCAGCAUCCAGUUCUCCUGCAACGAGGGCUACGACCUGCAGGGCUCCAAGAGCAUCACCUGCAAGAGAGUCAGCGACAUCAUCGUGGCCUGGAGCGACCACCGGCCCGUCUGCAGAGCCAGGAUGUGUGACACCUACCUGCGCGGGCCCAGCGGUGUCAUCACCUCGCCCAACUACCCCGUGCAGUACGACAACAACGCCUACUGCGUCUGGGUCAUCACCGCCCUCAACCCCGCCAAGGUGAUCAAGCUCACCUUCGAGGAGUUCGAGCUGGAGAGAGGCUACGACACGCUGACCGUGGGGGAUGGGGGCCAGGUGGGAGACCAGAAAUCCGUGCUCUAUGUGUGAGUACCAAUUCUCCCUGCGGGAAUGCACCUGGCCAGGUGGGGCUGGGGCUUGGCAGGCAGGGAUCUGGGGGGAUCCAGUGGUUUUAGGGCUUUUCUUAGCAAGAUCGACCAGGGCAGCUGUGGUGACCCCGGUGUCCCCGCCUUCGGCCGCCGCGAGGGCUCGCGCUUCCGCCACGGGGACACGCUGCACUUCCAGUGCCAGCCCGCCUUCGAGCUCAAGGGCCACAGGAGCAUCACCUGCCAAAAGAGCAGCCAGUGGUCUGCUCAGAAACCUGUGUGUGUUUUUUCCUGCUUUUUCAACUUCACCAGCCCGUCGGGGACCGUGCUGUCCCCCAACUACCCCGAGGAGUACGGGAGCAGCCUGCACUGCGUGUGGCUGAUCAUCGCCAACCCCGAGAGCAGGAUCCACCUGGCCUUCAACGACUUCGACGUGGAGCCCCAGUUCGACUUCCUGGCCGUCAAGGACGGUGGCACGGCCGAGUCACCCGUGCUGGGCACCUUCUCAGGGAGCCACAUCCCCUCCUCGCUGACCAGCAGCGGCCACGUGGCCAGGCUGGAGUUCCAGACUGACCACUCCAUGGAGAAAAGGGGCUUCAACAUCACCUUCACCACGUUCCGGCACAACGAGUGCCCGGACCCCGGCGUGCCGGUGAACGGGAAGCGCUUUGGGGACAGCCUGCAGCUGGGCAGCUCCGUGUCCUUCCUGUGUGACGAGGGCUUCAUCCGCACCCACGGGGCUGAGAGUGUCACCUGUGUCCUGCAGGAGGGCAGCGUGGUGUGGGACAACGCCGUGCUGCGCUGCGAAGCACCCUGUGGGGGCCACCUGACGUCCCCCAGUGGAACCAUCCUGUCCCCAGGCUGGCCUGGCUUCUACAAGGACUCGCUCAGCUGUGCCUGGGUCAUCGAGGCCCAGCCUGGCUACCCCAUCAAGAUCACCUUUGACAGGUUCAAGACAGAGGUGAACUAUGACACCCUGGAGGUGAGGGAUGGCCGCUCCUACUCCUCCCCCCUGAUUGGGGUCUAUGAUGGCACCCAGGUGCCCCAGUUCCUGAUCAGCACCAGCAACCACCUCUACCUGCUCUUCACCACGGACAAGAGCCACUCUGACAUCGGCUUCCAGAUCAGAUAUGAAACUGUGAAGCUGCAGUCCGACCACUGCCUGGACCCGGGCAUCCCGGUCAACGGGCAGCGCCACGGCAACGACUUCUACGUGGGAGCCCUGGUGACAUUCAGCUGUGACCCUGGCUACACCCUGAGUGACACCGAGGCCCUGGAGUGCGAGCCCAACUUCCAGUGGAGCCGGCCCCUGCCCAGCUGUGAGGCUCUCUGUGGGGGCUACAUCCGUGGCUCCAGCGGCACCAUCCUCUCCCCGGGCUUCCCUGAUUUUUAUCCCAACAACUUGAACUGCACGUGGACGAUAGAAACAUCCCAUGGCAAAGGUGUGUUCUUCACCUUCCACACCUUCCACCUGGAGAAUGGCCACGAUUACCUGCUGAUCACAGAGAACUCCAGCUUUGCCCAGCCCCUGCAGCAGCUGACGGGCUCGCGGCUGCCGGCCCCGCUCAGCGCGGGGCUCUUCGGCAACUUCUCGGCCCAGAUCCGCCUCAUCUCCGACUUCUCCAUGUCCUACGAGGGCUUCAACAUCACCUUCUCAGAAUACGACCUGGAGCCGUGUGACGAGCCCGAGGUGCCGGCCUACAGCAUCAGGAAGGGGCUGCAGUUCGGGGUGGGGGACGUGCUGAGCUUCUCCUGCUUCCCGGGGUACCGGCUGGAGGGCGCGGCGCGCAUCACCUGCCUGGGCGGGCGGCGGCGUGUGUGGAGUUCGCCUCUGCCAAGGUGUGUUGCUGAGUGUGGCUCCUCUGUGACGGGGACCCAGGGUGUGCUGCUGUCCCCCAACUACCCCCUCAACUACAACAACAACCACGAGUGCAUCUACUCCAUCCAGAGCCAGCCUGGCAAGGGCAUCCAGCUGAAAGCCAGGACCUUCGAGCUGGAGGCAGGAGAUGUCCUCAAGGUCUACGAUGGCACCAACAGCUCUGCCCGGCUGCUGGGCACCUUCAGCCACUCGGAGCUGCUGGGCACCAGCAUCAACAGCACCUCCAGCUCCAUGUGGCUGGAGUUCAUCACUGACUCCGCCAACACCAGCAAAGGCUUCGAGCUGCAGUUCUCCAGUUUUGAGCUCAUCAAGUGCGAGGACCCCGGCGUGCCCCAGUUUGGGUACAAGGUGCACGACGAGGGACACUUUGCUGGCAGCUCGGUGUCCUUCAGCUGUGACCCUGGCUACACCCUGAGAGGCACCAGGGUGCUGGUGUGCCUGACUGGGGAGAGGAGAGCCUGGGACCAGCCCCUGCCGACCUGUGUGGCUGAGUGUGGAGGGACAAUCAGAGGAGAGACCUCGGGGCGGAUCCUUUCUCCAGGAUAUCCAACUCCCUACGACCACAACCUCAACUGCAUCUGGACCAUCGAGGCAGAGCCUGGAUGCACCAUUGGGCUCCAUUUCAUGGUUUUCCACACGGAGGAGUUCCACGACGUGCUGCGGAUCUGGGACGGGCCGGUGGAGAAUGGGAUCCUGCUGAAGGAGAUGAGCGGCUCGGGGCUGCCCGGGGACAUCCACAGCACCUUCAACUCUGUCAUCCUGCAGUUCAACACCGACUUCUUCACCAGCAAACAGGGCUUUGCCAUCCAGUUCUCAGUGUCCACAGCCACCUCCUGCAACGACCCAGGAAUCCCCCAGAACGGGAGCCGGAGCGGGGACAGCAGGGAGGCCGGGGACUCCAUCACCUUCCAGUGCAACCCCGGCUACACCCUGCAAGGGGAGGCCCAGAUCACCUGUGUGCAGAUCCAGAACAGGUUCUUCUGGCAGCCAGACCCACCCACCUGCACAGCUCCGUGCGGCGGGAUCCUGACGGGCCCGGCUGGGGUGAUCCUGUCCCCGCAGUACCCGGAGCCUUAUCCCCCAGGGAAGGAGUGUGACUGGAAGCUGACAGUGUCCCCUGACUAUGUCAUUGCCCUGGUGUUCAACGUCUUCAGCCUGGAGCCUGGCUAUGAUUUCCUGCACAUCUACGACGGGCCUGACUCCCUGAGCCCCCUGAUUGGGAGUUUUUAUGGCUCCCAGCUCCCAGAGAGGAUCGAGAGCAGCAGCAACAGCCUUUUCCUGGCCUUCCGGAGCGACGCCUCCGUCAGCAACGCCGGCUUCGUCAUCGAGUACACAGAGAACCCCCGGGAGUCCUGCUUUGACCCGGGGUCCAUCAAGAAUGGCACCAGGGUGGGCACAGACCUGAAGCUGGGCUCCACCAUCACCUUCUACUGUGAUGGGGGCUACGACAUUGAGGGGGGCCCCACCCUCACCUGUGUCAUGGGAGGGGAUGGGAAACCCACCUGGAACAAGCCACGCCCCACCUGUACAGCUCCCUGUGGAGGGCAGUACACAGGCUCGGAUGGAGUCGUCCUGUCCCCAAAUUAUCCCCAAAACUACACCAGUGGCCAGGUGUGCCUGUACUCCAUCGUCGUGCCCAAGGACUAUGUGCUCUUCGGGCAGUUUGCCUUUUUCCAGACGGCGCUCAAUGACGUGGUGGAGGUGCACGAUGGCCCCACGGAGCACUCACGGCUGCUCAGCUCCCUCUCGGGCUCUCACUCAGGGGAAUCUUUGCCAUUGGCCACCACCAACCAGAUCCUCAUCAAGUUCAGCUCCAAGGGUCAAUCCACAGCCAAAGGCUUUCAUUUUGUCUACCAAGCCGUGCCCCGCACCAGUGCCACGCAGUGCAGCUCGGUGCCGGAGCCGCGGCACGGCCGGCGCCUGGGCAGCGACUUCGCCGUGGGCGCCCUGGUGCGCUUCGAGUGCAGCCCCGGCUACAGCCUCCGAGGCUCCCCUGCCAUCCAGUGCCUGGCCAUGCCCGGGGCCCUGGCUCAGUGGAACUCCUCUGUCCCCACCUGUGUGGUGCCCUGCGGGGGGAACCUGACGGAGAGGAAAGGAACCAUCCUGUCCCCAGGCUUCCCCGAGCCCUACCUGAACAGCCUCAACUGCGUGUGGAAGAUCACAGUGCCCGAGGGAGCAGGGAUCCAGAUCCAGGUGAUCAGUUUUGUCACAGAGCAGAACUGGGAUUCCUUGGAAGUGUUUGAUGGAGGAGACAACACAGCCACCAUGCUGGGGAGCUUCUCUGGAACCACAGUGCCUGCUCUGCUCAACAGCACUUCCAACCAGCUCUAUUUGCAUUUCUACUCUGACAUCAGCGUCUCUGCUGCUGGCUUUCACCUGGAGUACAAAACCGUGGGCCUCUCCAGCUGCCCGGAGCCGGCCGUGCCCGGCAAUGGGCUGAAGAUCGGCGAGCGCUACCUGGUGAACGACGUGGUGUCCUUCCAGUGCGAGCCGGGCUACGCCCUGCAGGGUCACUCUCACAUCUCCUGCAUGCCGGGCACCGUGCGCCGCUGGAAUUACCCUCCACCCCUCUGCAUUGCCCAGUGUGGAGGAACAGCAGAAGAGAUGGAAGGAGUGCUCCUGAGCCCAGGAUUCCCAGGAAAUUACCCCAGCAACCUGGACUGCACCUGGAGGAUCCUGCUGCCAGUGGGGUUUGGUGCCCACAUCCAGUUCCUGAACUUCUCCACGGAGCCCAACCACGACUUUGUGGAGAUCCGGAACGGGCCCUACGACACCAGCGGCGUCAUCGGGCGCUUCAGCGGCGCCGAGCUGCCCGGCUCCCUGCUGUCCACCUCGCACGAGACCACCGUCUACUUCCACAGCGACCACUCCCAGAACAAACCCGGCUUCAAGCUGGAGUACCAGGCCUACGAGCUGCAGGAAUGCCCCGACCCGGAGCCCUUUGCCAACGGGGUGGUGAGGGGAGCUGGCUACAACGUUGGCCAGUCCAUCUCCUUCGAGUGCCUGCCUGGCUACCAGCUCAUCGGCCACCCCGUGCUCACCUGCCAGCACGGCACCAACAGGAACUGGGACCACCCCCUGCCCAGGUGUGAAGUGCCUUGUGGGGGCAAUGUCACAGCCCAGAAUGGGACAGUUUACUCUCCUGGCUUCCCCAACCAGUACCCAAAUUCCCAGGAUUGCACCUGGCUGCUGACAGUGCCUGUGGGCUAUGGGAUCCACCUGAACUUCACCCUGCUGCAGACAGAGCCCUACAACGACUUCAUCACAGUCUGGGACGGGCCCCAGCAAACAGCCCCCCAGCUGGGGGUGUUCACAGGCAACUCAGCCAAGAAAUCUGCCCAGAGCUCCUCCAACCAGGUCCUGCUGAGGUUCCACAGCGACGGCGCCAACGGCGGCAUCUUCGCCAUCGACUUCCACGCUUUCCAGCUUUUCCGCUGCCAGCCUCCCACCAUGGUUCCCAACGCCGAGAUCAUCACGGAAAACCAGGAGUUCAACAUUGGUGACAUCGUCAGGUACCGCUGCCUCCCCGGCUUCACCCUGGUUGGGAACGAGAUCCUCACCUGCAAGCUGGGCACCCACCUGCAGUUUGAGGGACCCCCGCCCACCUGCGAAGUGCACUGCCCCAUGAACCAGCUGAUGACGGAUUCCAGCGGGGUGAUCCUGAGCCAGAGCUUCCUGGGGAGUUACCCCCACUUCCAGACCUGCUCCUGGGUGGUGAGGGUGGAGCCAGGCUACAACAUCUCCCUCACCAUCGAGUACUUCCUCAGCGAGAAGCAGUUUGAUGAGUUUGAGAUCUUCGAUGGUCCCUCGGGGCAGAGUCCCCUGCUGCUGUCCCUCAGUGGGAAUUACUCAGCCCCUCUGACCGUCACCAGCAGCGGCAGCAGCGUCUUCCUGCGCUGGUCCUCUGACCAUGCCUACAACAGGAAAGGCUUCAAAAUCCGCUACUCUGCUCCCUACUGCAGCCUGCCACAGCCACCAGCCCACGGGAUGAUCCUGAGCCACUCCGGGCUGCGCCCCGGCAGCUCCGUGCGCUUCGGCUGCGACGCCGGCUACCGCCUGGUGGGACACAGCACCACCACCUGCAGCCAGCACCCCCAGGGCCACUUCCACUGGAGGGAAGCCACCCCCCUGUGCCAAGCUCUCUCCUGUGGCAUUCCCAGAGCCCCGAGGAACGGGGUUGUCUUUGGGAAGGAGUACACAGUGGGCACCAAGGCCGUGUACCAGUGCAACCAGGGCUUCCAGCUGCAGCCGGGCGCUGAGCCCAGCGCCGAGUGCCUGCAGGAGGGAGUGUGGAGCAACGGGAACCAGCCCCCUGCGUGCCUGGCUGUGACGUGCCCCGACGUGGGCAGCAUCGCGGUGGAGCACGGCCGCUGGCGCCUCACCUACGAGGUGCAGUACCACUACAACGCCCAGCUGAUGCUCAUCUGUGACCCUGGCUACUACUACACGGGCCAGAGGGUCAUCCGCUGCCAGGCCAACGGCACCUGGAGCAUCGGGCAGCCCGUGCCCACCUGCAAAAUUAUCUCCUGUGGGGACCUGCCCACCCCUCCCAACGGGAACAAGAUCGGGACCCUCACCAGCUAUGGGGCCACUGCCAUCUUCUCCUGCAACACUGGCUACACCCUGGUGGGCUCCCGGGUCAGGGAGUGCAUGGCCAACGGGCUCUGGAGCGGGGCUGAGGUCAGGUGUCUGGCCGGGCACUGUGGCGUGCCCAGCCCCAUUGUGAACGGGCAGAUCAACGGCGAGAACUACAACUACCGUGGCAGCGUGGUGUACCAGUGCCAGCCCGGCUUCCGCCUCAUCGGCAUGUCCGUGCGCAUCUGCCAGCAGGACCACCGCUGGUCCGGGAAAACGCCUGUCUGUGUGCCCAUCACCUGUGGCCACCCUGGCAACCCCCCCAACGGCCUCACCCAGGGCUCCCAGUUCAACCUCAACGACGUGGCCAAAUUCCAGUGCAACCCUGGCUUCCGCCUGGAGGGAGCUUCCCAAUCCCAGUGCCUGGCCAACGGCCAGUGGAGCAGCACCCUGCCCUCCUGCCGAGUUGUGAACUGUUCUGACCCCGGGCACCUGGAGAACAGCGUGCGCCAAGUGCAGCCCAGCGGCCCCCACAGGUUCAGCUUCGGCACCACCGUGUCCUAUCAGUGCAUCCACGGAUUUUAUCUGUUGGGAACGCACGUCCUGACGUGCCAGGGCGAUGGCACGUGGGACAGGGCCCUCCCCCAGUGCCUUUUGGUGUCGUGUGGCCACCCCGGGUCCCCUCCCCACGCGCAGAUCUCGGGGGACAAGCACACGGUGGGCUCCGUGGUCAGGUACAGCUGCCUGGGCAGGCGCACGCUGGUGGGCAAUGCCACGCGGAUGUGCCAGCUGGACGGGCGCUGGAGCGGCUCCCUGCCACACUGCUCGGGGGGCAGCCAGGGCGUGUGCGGCGAUCCCGGGAUCCCUUCCCACGGGAUCGGCCUGGGCGACGCCUUCGGCGUGGGCAGCGUGGUGAGGUUCAGCUGCGAGCCCGGCUACUCCCUGCGCGGCUCCUCCGAGAGGACCUGCCACUCCAACGGCUCCUGGAGCGGCACGCAGCCCGAGUGCGAAGUGAUUUCCUGCGGGAAUCCCGGGACGCCCAGCAACGCCAGGGUGAUCUUCAACGACGGCCUGGUGUUCUCCAGCUCCAUCAUCUACCAGUGCAGGGAGGGCUACUACAGCACGGGGGUGCUGAGCAGGCACUGCACCGUCAAUGGCACCUGGACUGGCACCAGCCCCGAGUGCACUGUGAUCAACUGUGGAGACCCCGGCGUGCCAGCCAACGGGCUGAGGCUGGGCAGUGACUUCACCUACAACAAAUCCGUGGUGUUCCAGUGCACUCCUGGCUUCAUGAUGGAGUCAGACAGAGCAGCUGCCCUCACCUGCACCAAGGACCGCACCUGGAACGGCACCAAACCUGUCUGCAAGGCCAUCACCUGCAGAGCUCCCCAGGCCAUUCCCAACGGGAAGGUGGUGGGAUCAGAUUUCAGCUGGGGUUCCAGCAUCAGCUAUGCCUGCCUGGAGGGUUACCAGCUGUCCCUGCCGGCCGUGCUCACCUGCGAGGGCAACGGCUCCUGGAGCGGGGAGAUCCCCCAGUGCUUCCCCGUGUUCUGUGGGGACCCGGGGACGCCGGCACAGGGCAGGAGGGAGGACAGAGGCUUCACCUACCGCUCCUCCGUCUCCUUCUCCUGCCUGGCCCCGCUGGUGCUCGUGGGGUCAGCGCGGAGAUUCUGCCAGUCCGACGGCACCUGGAGCGGGACCCAGCCCAGCUGCAUCGAUCCCAGCCUCACGACGUGUGCAGAUCCUGGAGUGCCUCUUUUUGGGAUGCAGAACAAUUCCCAGGGAUACCAGGUGGGAAGCAUCCUGUUCUUCAGGUGCCAGAAGGGAUAUCUCCUGCAGGGCUCCACCACCAGGACCUGCCUGCCCAACCUCACCUGGAGCGGCGUCCAGCCCGACUGCGUCCCCCACCACUGCAAGCAGCCCGAGACCCCAUCCCAUGCCAACGUGGGUGCCCUGGACCUGCCCUCCCUGGGCUACACCUUGAUCUACUCCUGCCAGAGCGGCUUCUACCUCACCGGGGGCUCCGAGCACCGCACCUGCAAAGCCGACGGCAGCUGGACAGGGAAACCCCCCAUCUGCCUGGCUGAUGUCCGGCCCAGCGGGAGGCCCGUGGGCACCGCGCGGGAGCCGCCGCUCGCCAAGGCCUCAGUGCCUGCGGAUGUGUUUGCCAGGAAUUCCCUGUGGAAAGGCUCCUACGAGUACCUGGGCAAGAAGCAGCCAGCCAUGCUCUCCGUCACCAGCUUCGACCCUGCCACCAGCAAGGUCAACGCCACCCUGAUCGACCACAGCGGGGUGGAGCUCCAGGUGUCAGGGAUUUACAAGAAGGAAGACGUGCACCUGCUGCUCCAGGUGUACCAGAUCAUGGGGCCACUGGAGAUCUUUGCCAGCAAGUUCAGGAAUGACAAAUGGGCUCUGGAUGGACACGUCUCGUCGGAGUCCUCGAGUGGCACCUUCGUGUACCAGGGCUUUGUGCGUGGCAAAGGCUUCGGGCAGUUUGGCCUCCAGAGACUUGACAUCAGCAUGAUGGAAAAUGAUCCUGAAUCCAUAGGCCACCACUUUGCAUCCAACAGCAGCUCCGUGGCAGCCGCCAUCCUUGUGCCUUUCAUCGCCCUGAUUAUUGCAGGGUUUGUGCUUUAUCUCUACAAACACAGGAGGAGACCCAAAGUCCCGUUCAACGGCUACGCCGGCCACGAGAACACCAACGUGAGGGGCACCUUCGAGAACCCCAUGUACGACAGGAACCUGCAGCCCUCGGACAUCAUGGCCGGCGAGGCCGAGUUCACCGUGAGCACCGUGUGCACGGCCGUAUAGCGCCGGCCCCGCGCGAUUCCUGUGGCCGGUGUCCAAUGUGGAUCCCACCUCACCAUCCAUCCAUCCCCUCCCCACCUCCCUGCUCCCGCCGAGGCCGUGGGGAAGCUGCUGCUCCUCCCUGGAAUUCCCCAGGGACUGCUGGAUCCACCUCCUCCAUCCUGC